GAGGUGAUGUGUGUUGAAAUAGCGUAGGAAAAAAGAUUCAAAUUUAGUGAUAUAAUUGUGAAGUAAUAAGCUUAAAUCGUGUUUUUGAUCGUGGAUAACACUUUGGCCUUGCUAGUUAAGGCAAGCAUAUUCGAGGUUCUUUUGGAAGCUUUGGAAUUAUCCCCUGAAACGGAAUAACCCAGGUGACAACGUGUCGUAGCAUCGUCGUACCCGUGCGAUGCAUGCAGGAGAAACAGUCGUAAGUAGGAUUAUGAACUCGCAAGAUCAAUCAUUGAGUCAGCAAGCUGCUUGGAUAGCAGCUGCCCAAGCAGUCCAACAGCAGACCGCUGCAGGUGGGGGAUAUUCGGGACCUUACGGAAUGAAUCAACAGCAGCAGCAACAGCAACAGCAGCAGCAGCAGCAACAGCAACAGCAACAAUAUGCACAGUUUUAUGCACUGUACCAACAGCUACAGUACAACAAUACUGGUGGUGGUAUGCAGGGCCCAAUGGGAUCGUCUGCCUUUGGUGCCAAUAGCAACAAGGGCGGUAACAAUGUCGGAGGAAACAUGAACAAUGCAUCGUCCGGGUUUUCUUCUGGUCCAAUGUCGGAUAACAGUAAUGGCGGUGGUAUGGGAUCAUCUGGCAUUGGAAUGACAGGCAACAAGUUUUUCAGCUCUCCUCAGCAACAACAGAAUCAGCAGCAGCAGCAACCCGGUAACGACGUGAUGGGAUUUAAUAAGCAGGCUCCGAGUCAGUUCGGUCCGAUUCGUUUUAACAUCAACAAACACCCUCAAAGGGUUAGCCCGAUCGUAGCAAAUAAUCCGCUCGCACAGGCCAGCCAAAUACACGCCCAGCAGCAACAACAGCAUAUGCAACAGCAACAACAUCAGCAGAUGAUGGCCGCCUUUCAGAAUCAGAGCGGUGGAGCUGGUGGUAAGAAGAAGCGCAAGAAGAACAAAAACAAUGGUAUGAACAACCAGCAGCAUGGUAACGGAAACACUGGUACAAUUUUCAUGAACGGUGGCGGUUCAACGGCCAAUAUUCCACCAUUAAUGCCAGCUGGUUCUCUUCCGAUAUCGCCUGGUAACGCAACCGCAAACUUUUCAACGCCUCCGCCCGAUCUAAGCAAACCUCCACCGCCGCUGCCUUCUGCGCCUGCGAUUCCCGGCGGAAUAGCACUGUUGCCCCAGCCACAGGCACCAACGCCACCGGUAGGUACGACCAAAAAACCCGAUCCUUUCCACAAUCCAACCGAUGACUGGCCACAAAGCUUGAACAAUUUUGUAGCAAGAUGUUACGCCAAAUGUAAGACGGAUUUCGAUAAGGAUCAGAUCGAUAUCUGUCUGAAGGGCCGAAUUACGGCCGCGGCUAACAAGGGUGAAUUGUGGACAAAAGACUGGGAUAACGAGCCAGUGCCGAGCGUGCACAGCGAACGGAACCAACAGGUACUGUUGCCGAACAUGAACAGCAGCGUACUUGGUAUGUCUUCCAACAAAGGUAAAAUUGGUGGCAUCGCCCCGUACCAGAGCCCGUUGGGCAAUGUUAAGGGAGGGGGGCAGCAGCAGCAGCAAUCAUUUGGUGGGAAAAAGCAAUCACCAAACGCUGGUCUUUCGCCAUCGCUCGGUACGAGGCUUGGCGUGAAAACGGGAAAUUCUAGCACGGCUAGGAAAAAUCGUCCUUCUCGUUCACGGUCCCGAUCGCCAAGUCGCUACAGUAGCAGCGGCAGUCGUAAUCGUCGCAGCCGGUCGUCUAGUGAUGAUUCACGAUCACCACGCCGGAAGAACCGUCGAUCCUCGAGCAGUAGCGAUAACGACAGCCGUACGGCGUACUCGGGCAAAUCCUCUGGCAAGGGCAACAACAAGCAGCAUCAGCAGCAGCAACAGAAGCAUAAAAAUCAGAAACAUCAGAACAACAAAAACCAGCAAAACCAACGAAACAAUAAGUCGCACGGUGGUUUUUAUUCCGAACACGGCCAGAUUGGCGGGGCGGUGGAGGGUGAUUUAGAGCAGCUAAAGAAGCGUGCGGCUCGGUUCAAUGGUCAAAGUGGUAAGAAAGUACCGCCUGUCGUUGCCUCGAACAUUGUGUCGCCGUUCAAUGGUGCUGGUAAGAAGGACCGUAGACAAACCAUGCCAAUGGCAUCUCGCAUUUUCAUUGACGAUGCAGGCGAUCGCGAUAAUGAUGACGAUGAGGUAGAUCUGUUCGAUCUACAUAUUGUCGGUACGUGUCGAGAUCUGGAAAAGAGCUUUCUGCGUUUAACGAAGGCACCGGCACCAUCCGAAGUGCGUCCGGUGGAAGUAUUGCGCCAUUCGCUGCAGAACGUCAAGAAGAGAUGGGUCGAAAAACAGGACUAUUUUUAUGCCUGUGAUCAGCUGAAAUCCAUCAGGCAGGAUUUAACGGUACAAGGUAUCCGAGAUGCAUUCACUGUUCAGGUAUAUGAAACUCAUGCCCGUAUCGCCAUGGAGAAAGGAGAUCACGAAGAGUUUAACCAGUGUCAAACACAACUCAAAAUGCUGUACACCGAUGUAGGUGGAGAAAAUCAUCUGGAGUUUACCGCGUACCGUGUCCUGUACUACAUCUUCACCAAAAAUACCUUAGAUUUGACCACCAUUCUCAAGUCUUUGACGGCAGUGGAUAAGGAGAGUGACAUAGUUGGGUUCGCGCUCCGACUUCGAUCUGCUUGGGCGUUGAGUAAUUAUAGCACUUUCUUCAAGCUCUAUCGAGAUGCGCCAUUGAUGGCAGGUUAUUUAAUCGAUUGGUUCAUCGAGCGUGAACGCAAACUAGCACUCAAAUCCAUAAUUAAAGCUUAUCGUCCCAAUAUUCCGGUGGAAAUGGUCAGCCAAACGCUGGCUUUCGACAGCGAGGAAAAAUGUUGCGAGUGGUUAGAGUCAUUAGAAAUUAUCAUGGCAACUGUACCUGUGCCCGCGGCCAAACCUGCUCCGGCGGAGGGAUCUUCGGAUACGGCGGAGAUGAAUUUGGGCGGUGGUGCUUCAACGGUUGCUGCUGCUGCGGAUUACAAAAGUGUAACAAGUGCUAAAAGAAAAGUGAUCGACUGCAAGUUAUGCAUGAACGUGCUGGCCAAUUUCUAGUAACGCUCUAUAAGCAAGCGGAACAAACGAGCUCGGCUUACUGGAAUCGGAGUCGCCCUUUACUCCAUUCCAAUGAUACAUGCUUAUGAGUUGAUUUCGUUACUAGACCGUGCGAGGCAGACGACAAACCGACCGGAUUGUAUGGUAUUCCAAAGUACGAGAAUAGCAUGUUCACGGCAGUUGUCUAAAAUUGCCUGCCUGUCUGGUCUUCAUCGUCUUCCUCGAGUCGUGCUUAGCAACACCUUCAUGACAUAGAUGGGUUCCUUCAAAGCGUUACGGAUCGCGGAAAGUGAAAAAGAGGAAGGAGAAAAAUUUGUUUUAGAAUGUUUCUCUUUUCUAUAAUGUAAACACGCAUCUGUUGCACAAAAGCAGAAAGAACUUUGAGUAGAUCCGGUCGCCUUGAGAUUGGAUCUGUGUGUAGUGCAUAUUAUACGUGAGCACAAUGCAUCGAGGCUCAGUGCGUGUGAUGAAUAACGGUGGUUCCAGUGAUCGUGAAACGAACGAGAACUCGUAAUGCUGCGUAAAAAUAACCUUCGGAUGGAAAAUGUUUUGCCGACAUCGUCUCCCAUUAUGUGCUCUCUUCUUAUGUUGCCAUUAUGCCUGCUGAGAUUAUUCAACGUUUGCAAUGCGAUAGCAGUUGGCUAUUCAAUUGCACAGGCCCUACAGCAUUCUUCACGAAGCUAGACAGCACACGACAUUGCUACAGUCAAUAGCCUGACGAUAUACGUUAAGUAAAUCGUUAUAGAAAAGUGACCGCCUUUAUGUGAAAGAAUCUAAAGCACUCGUACAGCUGAAGUGGCAGGAAAUUCAAUAUUCUCUAUAAUAUGUCGGUAUAGGUUUCUUUUGAACCAUGUUAUGAUCGAGCAAUUUCACCAGCACUACAUUCCACACCAUAAGCUCUAUACUAAACCAAUCUCGCAUCUAUUCCGUUAUACCAUGGUGAGCUCUACGGAAAACACCAUGAGUUAGAAGCGAAGAGCGAGACUGUAAGCCUCUAUAAACAACAUCAUCAUCGCACCAUCUGGAGUCAAAAGUGUCUUCUUAGUGAAUAUAGUGUUUCGAAUACGACAGUGUGUCACAGAGGAACUUUUAUUGUUUAUUUUUCUUCCGUUCCGCUAUUAAAUGCGCCUCUCAUGCACGCGUUUGCAUCUGAAUCGUACGGGAAGAAUACGGUGUGAAAUCGUGCAGUAAGAGCAUGCGGUAUGGGGAAGUUCUACUGACCGCAACUAUAAAUAUUCGUUUGCAACUAAGAACUGGAAAGCUGGUGAAACAAACAUAUCGCAUACGGCAUUACCACCCGUAGUUAUUGCGGAACAAGGACACGCAUCAGUUUUGUGUUUUUGUGCGUAUUGCGAUCGCUGCUGCGUAUGCGUAUUGCCUUUGGAUGCAGAAAGACAGGCAAUAUUUUCAGGUUAUGGAAAAUGCUAGUCGAAGAUAUCCAACAACACACCAUACUACGAAUGAUCGCACUAACCGCAUCCGUUGUGACGAAAAACGAAAAAGAGGAGAUUUUACUGUUAGCCACAGCUAUUGGGGGAAAAUUCCUUUAUCCAAACUAUCCAUCCUGGGUGAAUUCCUUGUAACCUUUAUAUGUUACUCCUGUCCAGCAACUCUUGAAAACAUCCCGUCUAUCUCGAGUGCUCGAGAUGAUCCUUUCUCACGAACAUCCCUUCCAUAAGACUACGUUGUGACGGUGUGACUAUUAGUUGACCGAGUCGAUGAAACAGCCUGUUCUUCAUCAACUUCGUCGAGCUGAAAGCAUCGUUGUGUACAUCACACAGGAUCGUGUCCAACACACAGGAGCAAACAGGGGAGACAUGUUUCCAUUGAGAUAUGCACCAGUACAUAUCGUUGCAGUUAUCGGCGUUAUCAUCGAACCAUCUAGCAUCACGUGGAACUACCACCUACAGCACAGCAUCGAUUCAUACUUCUGCGUGUGUCCCGUACCAUACUGUUAAACUGUUUUCUGUUGCUUCACUUAGUACAAGAGCCAGCUGAAGGACGGCCCGAAGUAUUCGCUAUCAACUUCGAACCGUAUUCGUUUUGCUGCAUUGUUGAUAUGUGUGUAUAUAUACUAUAUAAUAUAUAGAUUACUGCUAGAUAAUAUAUUUCGCGCUACAAAAGAAGUAAGUUUUUGUCGUCCAACUUGCAACCAUUCGUUACCGGCAUCAGGAGACCGAUUUUUAUCCUUGUUUCAAUGAAUCAACUCAAAUUCCCUUUCUGUGGUGGGUUCGGCAUCAGCUGUAUCUGUAAGAGAUUAAAUAAAUAAAUAAAU